AUGGCUCGUGAUUUGGUGCCUUAUUUAAAGACGCUUGUGCGCAACGCUGAUGACUUGACUGCUCAGGAUAUUUCCGAGGCCUUGGACAUUAUUCUGACCUCUGAUGAGGUCCCCGACGUGCAGAUCUCUGGUUUCCUCGUUGGCGCCAAAGCAGUGUCGCGCGAUCAUCAGGAGGACUUCAUUCUGGCUGCAACCAGACGGCUUAAGAAGGUGGCCAACAUGAUUCCGGCCUCCGAGAUCAGCAAUACCGCUGGGUUUGUAGACAUCGUUGGCACCGGCGGUGACGGGCAAAACACCUUCAAUGUGUCCACAACUUCGGCAAUUGUAGUCUCCGGAAUGGGCAUACCAGUGUGCAAACACGGAGGACCAGCUUCUACCUCCAAGUCUGGUGCUUCUGAUCUGCUGGGUGCACUGGGAGCCAAGCUAGAAAAUGUGAACGCAAAGACCGCCGGUGGUCUGCUCAGCACAAACAACUUCGUUUACCUGUCAGGUCCGGUUUUCCAUCCGGUUCUGGCCCGCACAAGGAUCAUUCGUAAAAACAUGGGAGUGCCUAGCAUCUUCAAUCUCGUCGGGCCCUUGCUUAACCCUGCGCCCAUCAGAUCACGAGUCAUUGGCGUUUACGCACAGAAUCUAGGUCAGAUCUUCAUUGAGUGUAUUCGCGAGCUCAACAAGGACACGCCGUUCCCCUCUGGGAACGCCAUGGUCGUGUGGGGCACGGAGGGCCUCGACGAAAUCUCCCCUGCCCAGAAAACUCAAAUUUGGAGACUGGUGGACGGCGAGAUCACCACCGAUUACAUUGAACCUGCAGAUUUCGGGCUUCCCGCCCACAGCCUGACAGAGGUUGCCAGCGGAACUCCUACAGAAAACGCGGCAAUUGUUCGCCAACUCAUUAACGACGAAUUACCCGAAAACCAUCCUAUUCUGGACUAUGUAUUGAUCAACUCUGCGGCCUUGGCGGUUGUCGAUGGACUUGCCCGGGAUUGGAAGCGCGGUGUCGAGUUAGCACGCGACAGUAUCAAGUCAGGUGCAGCAAAAAAGGCGCUGGAGGCAUUUGUUGCUGCUUCGAAGUGA